CGGAUUCCAAUUCCACCGGCCACCCCGAGCCCGAUAUCGUCUUCUAAUCUCAUCCGCUCCGUGCCGCACCGCAAAACGCAGAUCCCUGCCUGCACACGGCAUCCGGAGUUCCGGACUCCCCUCCUCUUCUCGGGCAGCCGGGCGCCGCUUCGCCUCCUCCUCGCAGGCAAGAAGAGCAGCCAGCCGCUUCGCGAUCGGGGACGCGGAGAGGGGAAAGGCGAGUCGUCGUCCGUCCACGGCAGCUUCCCUCCCUCUCCUCUCCGCCCCCGCUUACCUAGCCCGGCCCCUCCUACGCCCCCCCCCUCCCGCCGCCGCACGAUGAGCACCUCUCCGGCCGCGUCCGCCGCCGCGUCGCCUCCGCCGCCUAUUGCCUCCGCCGCCGAGGCCUCGCGGGCGACGGAGACGUUGGUGGUCGACGAGAGGGUCGCCUCACACGUGGACCCGUUCCUCGUAGAGGCGCUCGACAACCCUCGCCACCGCCUCAUGGUUCUACGGAUGGAACUGGAUAUACGAAACUUUAUGCAGAACCCUCAGCUGCAGGAGUUCGAAUUCCAGAACUUUCCGACUUCUUACCUACGCUGUGCUGCUCAUCGUGUUGCACAACAUUAUGGCUUAGAGACUAUAGUGGCAGAUAGUUUAGUAGAAGGCUCAGUUAGCAGGAUCGUUGCAAGAAAAACACCAGAGAGCAGGUGUCCUGCAAUUUCAUUAGCAGAAGUUCCUAGCAAACAAGCAAGAAAUGAUCAUGAGGCAGCAGAGAAGCUUAAGUUUGUCAUUUAUCAAAGGCCCAAAGCAUUCCAAAAUGGAAGCACUGAUUUGGGAAACAAGAAUGGUGCACCAAAAACUGUUGAAGAGAGAAUAGAGGAAUAUAAUAAAGCACGAGCACGCAUCUUCAAUGGUUCUGUUUCUGCAGAUUCUGAUGCUGCAAGUGUUUUGGGAACUCUUUGCACUGGCAGAGAUGAGUCAGUAAAUGUUGAACCUUCUGUUGAUGAAAUCAAAGUCAGCACGAUGAACAACCGUUCCAGAGUUGCUGUUUUCAAGGAUACUCAAAAGGAUCGCAGUGACCCAGAUUAUGAUCGAAACUACAAAAGGUAUGUUAGGAGCCCAGUUCCUGACUUCAACUUGAGCCCAGGUGCCUUCAACUUUGUGCCUCAGUUUAUGCAGUAUGGCGUUGGUUAUGUGCAAUCUCCUGGCAUGUCUACAAACCAGCCUGCUGUCUACUUUGGCCAGCCUGAUCUAACAAUGGGGUCUUCUGGAGCUGCUGUUUACCCACAUUGGCCAACCCCAGCAAUGAUGUAUCCCCAUUGCUAUGACAAUGUUGGUUCAAUGAUUUCUCAGGUUCCUCUGUACCAAUCUUUCAACCAUGGUUAGUAGAUUCUGCUUACUGGAAAGUUGGGAACCGUUCUCUGUUGAACUUGUUAUAUUGUGCCGUCCUAUGUUAAGUGGAGUUACUUUAGAUUCGAGCCAUUUCGAUUACAGAAAAUUCCAAAAAAUUCAUGUAAUGUCGAACGUAUUAGUUUGUAUAAUGGGGAGUCCUAAUUCGUUGAAACUAAUAUCGUGAACUAGUCUGGAACUGUAAUUCGUGUCUAAUAUCUAGUUCUCGUCUGCAA